AUGGACGCUAAGAAGCUGCAGUUGGUGAAGGAGUUACACAAGCCAGCUAGACGAAAUUACCAACGCCGACAUUUCGAUAUUCGUGGCAUGGAUGAGACCUCGCAAGCUGAUCUUGUUGAAAUGCAACGAUGCGAGAGAGUAAACAAAGGAUACAAGUACAUCUUAACUGUAAUUGACAUAUUUUCCACAUUCGCUUGGGCUGUGUCUGUUAAUUCCAAAAAGGGUGAAGAUAUAGCUGCAGUCAUGGAAUAUGUACCUGAUGAGGGACGCGUACCGAAAAAUUUAUAUGUUGAUAAAGGAAAAGGAUUUUACAAUUCGCAAUUCGAAAAUCUUAUAAAGCAAUACAAGAUAAAUUCGCAAAACACGUUGGACUCCGGAUACGACCUGCCACCAAGCGGACCAGGCAAAAUGGCACACAUGUGUGGCGAAAAAAAUAUUUUCUAUCAUUGUCCUAAGGACGUAAAUUCAUCACAUUAA